AUGUGGCUCUUGAUCUUCUUAGCGUGGUUGGUUAUAUGGGCCGGUGGCACGUACUGGUACCUGUUUGGGAAAAAGAGCCCUUUCUCCCUGGAGUCAGUGAGACCCCCUGGACCUCGAGAGUUUGAUCAGAAGAAGCGGGACAAAGUCAUCAAGCAAGGUUUCAGCCUUGACAAAGUGCCCCAGAACCUGGAUGUGAUUGUCAUUGGAAGCGGUAUCGGUGGUCUGACAGCUGCAGCGACACUGGCCAAAGCAGGGAGGAGAGUCCUGCUGCUGGAACAACACGACCAGGCUGGAGGCUGCUGCCACACCUACGUAGAGAAAGGCUUCGAGUUUGAUGUUGGGCUUCACUACAUUGGUCAGGUCCACGAGAACAGCCUGUUGCGCAUCGCCUUCGAUCAAAUCUCUGAGGGACAGUUGGAGUUCCAAAAGCUAAAUCAACACUUUGACACGAUCAUGAUAGGCCAAGGACAGGAAAAACGGGAGUACACUAUCUUCUCGGGUAAAACGGAGAUGAAAGCCCAUCUAAUGAAGCAAUUCCCCGAUGACACAGAGGCCAUCGAAACAUUCUUCAAUAUCAUGAAGGUCUCUGCUAAGAAGACUCACUACCUGGCAACUCUAAAGCUGAUCCCGCAGUGGGUGUCUUUAUUCAUACUGAAGUCAGGCAUUGGAAACCUCCUCACCGAGGUCUUCCGCCUCUCUGGGACAUGUGCAACAGACCUGGUGAACACCCUGACCAGCAACAAGGAUCUGCACGUCAUCUUUUCUUAUCUUUUCUAUGGCGUGCCUCCAAAGGACUCCAGUAUUCUCAUCAAUGCCCUCCUGAUUCAUCACUACAAAAGAGGUGCCUACUACCCUAAAGGUGGUGCCAGUGAGAUCGCCUUCCACAUCAUCCGCACCAUCCAGAAAUAUGGAGGAAACUGCCUGGUCAGAGCUCCUGUCACUGGGAUCCUGGUUAAUGACAAGGGAGCAGCUUAUGGUGUGAAAGUGAGGAAAGGUCAGGCGGAAGUGGAGAUUCACGCACCUGUGGUUGUUUCAAAUUGUGGCGUCUUCAACACCUUCCAGAGACUUCUUCCCCCUGCGAUUCAAGAAAAGAAAGGUAUUCAGGAAAGGCUGAACAUGAUGAAACAUGGCAGAGGAUCGUUCCUGGUUUUCUCCGGGUUUGAUGGGACUCAAGAGGAGUUGGGCCUCGAGUCCACCAACUUCUGGCUGUUUAAAAACAAUGACAUGGACACAUCGAUGGAUGCCUUCUUUGCAUUAAACAAAGAGGAAGCACCAGAUAAUAUCCCCAUGAUGUUCAUCACAAUGCCAUCUGCCAAAGACCCCGAAUCCAAAAUAAGACACCCAGGAAAAUCUUGCAUGACAAUACUGACAAUGGUCAAGUACGAAUGGUUUGAGGAAUGGAAGGACACUUCUGUACGCAAAAGGGGCGACGAAUACUACAACUACAAAAUGAGAUUUGCUAAAAACCUCUUUGACCGGGCCUGUACUUUGUUCCCUAAAAUCAGAGACAAGUUGGUUUUCCAGGACGUGGCGACCCCACUGUCAAACAACCACUAUCUGGGUGCCCAGCGUGGAGCCAUGUACUCUGCUGAGCACAACCUCGAUCGUUUCCAAGCAGAGACUGUGGCGAGGAACAGGUGCAACACCCCCGUCAAAAACCUCUACAUCUCAGGCCAAGACGUGUUCAGCUGUGGGAUAGCAGGCGCUCUGCAUGGUGGACUCCUCUGCGCCUCUGCGGUGUUGGACCACAUCGUCUACAUUGACUUGCUCUUCCUCAAGAAGAAGCUGAAGAGGAGGAAAGCCAGGGAGUUGGCCGAGCUGUCUAAGAAGAAACUGCAGUGAGAGCGCUCUCUACUUCCCCUGCAGGACACUAGUUAAACUGCACAAACCAGGUGCAAAAGGACCCUUGAUUUUUGCAAGAAGCUUGAACACAGCAAAACAAAGUCUGGGAUCUAUUGUAUAUACUGAUACUAUAAUGCAUAUGUCAGGAGCUGGGGAAGGAUUUUGUUGCAAGGUUUGCUGGAAAAGGUAACCACAUAGUGUUUGAAAUGUUUAGAACGCACAUUAUCGUAAUACUGUGCUGGAACUUUGAUCAUUUUAUGGGAUAUGGUAUGUUUAUCAUUUACAUAUAUUAUUUUGUCUAAUUUAAUAUAUGUCAAAUAAUGUUCCUAUUUUUCUUUACAUUUGUAUUUAGGCAUCUUUAUCCUUUAAAUGUGGAAUUAUUAGAAUUAUUUAUGAUACCAGCUUUUUUUGCUUUUUUCUAAUGUGAGUUUUGUGGAUUUUGUACAUUUUGUUGACCGAGUAUCUAUAUCUUUGUAUAUUUUUGUCACAGCUUGGUUUGUUUUUGCAUUACGCAAAAUGCUUAUUUGUAUUUCUGUUCAUAUAACAUAACAUAAAAAAUAAAAACAUUCACACUGC